CGCUUCUAUCUAAAGGACGGGAAUGUCAAGUUCAGGCUUGACGAUGGCACGUUGUACAACGUGCACCGCUACUUUUUCGACAAGCACGCGCCACUGUUCUCCCAACAAUAUCUCUGCGACGCAGGCGAGGGCAUUGUCGCACUGCAGGGCGUAUCUAGUACCGACUUAAAUCGCUUCCUGGCCAUGGUCUACCCUUCCGACAUCGGCGACUGCGACAUUCACACCGUCGACGAAUGGACCUCUGUUCUGCGCCUUGCAGUCAAGUGGUCGAUCCCCAACCUCCGCGCGCGCGCCCUUCGCGAGAUCGAGCCACGGGCGUCGCCUGUGGAAAAAGUGGUCAUUGGGCGCGAGUUCGCGCUCGGAGAGGCGUGGUUGCUCCCUGCCUUCGUCGCCAUCUGCGGCGCCCGUGAGUGCCUUGGGUACGUGGACGCGGCGAGGUUGGGUUUGCGGACCGUCGUUGAGAUCGGGCGCAUUCGGGAG